AUGGGGUUUAGAAUCAAAAUAUUAAGAUCUUUGUGUUGGUUUGUCAGUUAUAUUAGUUUAGUCUUGAUCUUGCAAGUGUAUGUGCUCUUCAAUGUGCCCGAAUUAUUGCACCAGGAUCAGGCCUUCAACAUGUGCAACCAAAGGCACGAAAGUCUCGUGGCUCGCAUGAACGUAAUCGCUGAUCGCCAACACGUGUUUGAAGCUCGAAGGCAAAAGCUUCGGGAAGUGUGUUCCAAGUUCGGCCUGAUCCCAAUCAAUUCCACUGGGAUCGCUUCCACGACCAAGUUGUUUUGGAACCCGAAUCAAAACUUUGCCUUUUGUCCCACUGGAAAAAGUGGAUCCAUCUCGUGGAGUAAGUUCCUAUGGGAAAUGUCUGGAAUGCCAUUUCAUGAUCAAGACAUGACCCACGAGGAGGCCAGGUUCCUCAAGGAUGAAAUGAGGUACACGUUCACGUUUCCAACUCAUUUGAGUGCUUCAAUACAACACGAGAUCCUGAAUGCGGCCUUCACCUUCACGUUUGUUUCGCACCCGUUUGUGCGAUUGGUGGGAUAUUACGAUGUUUUGGUGGGAAAUGUGGAUCGGGCUGAGACCUUGGAUUGGUUCCCGGACUCUCAUGGGAAGACAACGGGGCCAUUGACCGAGGGCAAUAAGCCGACUUUCUCCAAUUUUGUUGACUACUUCAUAGCAAAUUUGAAAUUUGAUCCCAAGGCCUCUACAACGCUGAGGAAAUGUGAGAUGUGCGCUCUCAAUUAUGACGUGAUCGCCAAAAUGGACACCUACAAUGAGGACAGGAACUUCAUCUUGGCCCAAACUAAUCUGGAUCGAGUCUUGCACGUGAAACAGGUGCCUCAAACGGAGGAUUCGGCUUAUCAAGUUGCGUUAGAGUUCUUUGCGAAACUUUCGCGGGAACAGAUUCUUAAGCUAGUGGACAUCUAUCAGAUGGAUUUUGAAGCCUUCUCCUACAAUUUUGAUGAAUUUCUAUCCAAGGCUCAAUAGAUCAUUGGAAAUCUUAA